AUGUCGGACAGCAUGUGGUAUGCGUUCCUCAACGACGAGCUCUGCUACGUCUCCCUGUGGACAUUCGCUUGCCUGAUAGCGAUCAUCUUCAUCUGGCAGACCACGCAGCAGCUUGCUGCCCAUCUCCGGCGACUAGCGACUUUCACCGACCCGUCGCAGAUGUUCCACCGGGUUGCUGACCCCCGACUCUCAUGGCUCAAGCGGCAUGUCCUCUACGCCCCCCUCUGGCGCAAUCGGCACAACCGAGAAAUGCAGCUUUCUCGUGCGGUCAAUAUGGGCACACUGCCCAGUCGGUUCCACGCCCUGCUGCUCACCUUCGUUGUCGCCCUGAAUGUGAUUCUUUGCACCAUUACGAUCCCCUUUGGCUUGAAGGAGUCCACCGUCGCAAUGCAGAUCCGGAAUCGAACCGGGUAUAUGGCGACAGCGAAUUUGUUUCCGUUGUUCAUCAUGGCGGGGCGCAACAACCCGCUGAUCGCGCUGCUGCGGAUCUCGUUCGACACCUGGAACCUGCUGCAUCGGUGGCUGGGGCGGAUUGUCGUGCUGGAGGCGUUGGCACAUGUUGUCGCGUGGGGAGUGCCCAAGGUGCAGGAUUAUGGAUGGAAGGGGAUGCUCGCAACGCUUAGCAAGCCCUUCAUGUUCAAUGGCUUGAUGUGCAUGGUGGCCCUCCUCAUCAUCCUCGUUCAGUCGCCCUCGCCGAUCCGGCACGCCUUCUACGAGACCUUCCUGCACCUCCACAUUGCACUCGCCUGCAUCGCGCUGGGAUUUGUGUGGCAUCACGUCUACCGCUACUCGUGCAAGUUCUACCUCUACGCAGCGGUCGCAUUCUGGGCAUGCGAGCGUCUAGCCCGCUUCCUGAUCCUGUUGCACCGGAACUUCCGCAGUGGGACUCGCACCACAGCCUACAUCGAGGUUGUCCCGGGCGACGCAAUGCGGAUUACCCUGCACGUGGCGCAACCGUGGCGCUUCUCGCCGGGCCAGUAUCUCUUCCUCUGUAUCCCUUCCGUCGGAGGCUGGACCUCGCAUCCCUUCUCCGUAGCCUGGGCGGGAGACACGAGCACAGCAGCAGCAGCAUCAGUUCCUGAGAAGUCAUCCAACAACUACCUCUCACCAGACACAACAUCGCAAAGCAUCUGCCUGCUGAUCCGACGCCGCACGGGCUUCACCGACAACUUAUUCAAGACAGCCCUCACCCACCAACACUCCCACCGCAGCACCUUGUCCUACAGCGACGACCCCAUGGCAACAAGCCCCUCCUUCCUAGCGCCGCAGACCACCCCUUCCCUUCGACUAUCCGCCCUGGUGGAGGGCCCAUACGGCAACCUGCACACCCUUGACUCCUACGGCACCGUCCUCCUGAUCGCCGGGGGAGUAGGCAUCACCCACUGUCUCCCCUUCAUCCCGCACCUUCUGAAAGGCUACACGGCCGGCACCGUGUCCGCCCGGCGGAUCGCGCUGGUGUGGGUUGUGCAGUCCCCCGAGCACCUGGAGUGGAUCCGGCCGUGGAUGACGGAGGUGCUGGCGAUGGAGGACCGGAGGGCGGUGCUGCGGGUGAAGGUGUUCGUGACGCGGCCGCGGAGCCCCAGGGAGAUCAAGAGCCCCAGCGCGACGGUGGAGAUGUUCGCUGGGCGGCCGGACGUGCAGACGGUGGUGGGGAUGGAGGCGGCGGGCCAGGUCGGGGCGAUGGGGGUGAUGUGUUGUGGGAAUGGAGGGUUGAGCGAUGAGGUGCGGAGGGCGUGUCGGGCGGUGCUGGAGAGGGGGGCGGUGGUGGAUUAUAUCGAGGAGAGUUUUACUUGGUAG